CAUGAAUAUGAUGUUCAGUGUAUGCAAGUGCACACCCUUUCAUUUGGACCCUGGUGCCUUCGAUGCAGGCUUGAGCAAGGUUAGAUGUGUGGUUGUGUCCAAAGAGACCGAACGAAGAGGUAACUUCCAAAUGGAUAAUAUUGCACCUCGAGUCCGUUGUGAGGGCUGGCUGCCCUGCUUGUCUACCUAAGAGCAAGGCACAUCAGAGCAAUGACAAGAAGACUCGUUCAAAAUAUGGAUUCGAUUGCCAUACUUUAUUCGUGCCGACCACCCUUCUUGCCAAAGCAAUCAAACCACGAGGGGAAGCUGUCAAAAUUUGACGAAAUCAAAACCAAUGCAAUGCAUGUCAGCGACUCGAAAUCUAGUGACCCCCUUCAUCAAGACGACUCGGCCACUAUAUUUGAGGAGGAUCUACAGUUGGAAGACGAAUGUGAAUCGAUCGCACAUGAUACAGGAGAUUAUCGCAUACAAAAGAUUGUUGAGUCCUCACCGACAGGAUGGCAGGUUCUGAGGUCAUCUGAUGGCGUAGUAUAUAUCGCCUUUGAGAAUAUGGAAGACCUCGACUCUCAUCUACGGGGUCUGGAAUUGCGGAACAGCCUUGAUAUUAACCACGACGGCUUCGAAGUAGGCUUUGUCCUGGCUGUUUUAAGACAUUCGCCUUCUUCAUUGAAUUUGACAAGCAUGGAAAAGGAGCUUCUCGAGGGCUUCAUUUGGAGAACAGUUGAGGAGGUGCUCCAGGUGGGCUCGACAGACUUUCGUGGCGGCAGCCUGCAACGCAAGCGACAAGUUACGGGCUUAGAGCUUCUUCGUCGCUCCGCCUGUUCGCAGGACUCUUUGAUGUGGUAUUUCCCACCAGCCCCGAGGUUUCCUCUCCCUGGAAAAUUGUCAAAAGUCUGGCCAAUAGGUGAAAAUUGGUUGACGUCAUUUCAAGACUUAGAAGGCCAGGAUCUAAUCACUUGUACUGUGGACUUUGAGAUCGGGCACGUCAACGCGUCAGGAAUCUUGUUCAAACAUCCUGGUCGUAUAGAUGUGGGGAUAUUAUGUGGUGUCUGAAGGACAUAGUAUUCAUAGAGUUAAUGCAUUAUUCCAGGUCGACACGC